AUGACCGGUAGGCAGGGCACUUUCCACACCACCCAGGCCAUUGAGUACGGCACCAAGAUGGUGGGUGGUGUGAACAGCAAGAAGGGCGGUACGAAGCACAUGGAUCUUCCCAUCUUCGCCAACUGCAUGGAGGCGAAAAAGGAAACAAAUUGCGACGCCUCGGUGAUCUAUGUGCCGCCACCGGCGGCCGCCGCCGCCGUGUUGGAGGCCUUAGAGGCGGAAAUCCCAUUGAUCGUGUGCAUCACAGAGGGUAUUCCUCAGCAGGACAUGGUGAAGGUGAAACACGCGCUGAUGCGUCAGACCAAGUCUCGCCUGAUUGGUCCCAACUGUCCGGGCAUCAUCAAGCCGGGCGAGUGCAAGAUGGGCAUCAUGCCAGGAUACAUCCACAAGGCAGGCAAGAUCGGCAUUGUCAGCAGGUCCGGUACUUUGACCUACGAGGCAGUCCACCAGACCACCGUAACGGGAAUGGGGCAGAGCACUUGUGUGGGCAUUGGCGGUGACCCCUUCAACGGCACCAACUUCAUUGACUGCCUGGAGAAAUUCGCCGCGGAUCCAGAGACUGAAGGUAUCAUCAUGAUCGGCGAGAUUGGCGGCAGUGCGGAGGAAGAAGCCGCCGACUGGAUCAAGGCCAAUUGCCAGCAUAAGCCAGUGGUGUCCUUCAUUGCGGGCAUCACCGCCCCACCUGGGCGCCGCAUGGGUCACGCCGGCGCCAUCAUCUCCGGUGGCAAGGGCACGGCGCAGGACAAAAUCCAGGCGUUGGAGAAAGCCGGAGCAGGGGGAACCCAGUGGUUGUUGAAUGUAGCAUCCAGAUCUUUGGGUUGGGCUUUGGUCCGGUCAAAGAAUCCGCAUUUCAUCAAGAACGGGGAUAUCAAGUGGGAAUAUCAAGCAAUUCGAAGUAGAGAUAUGAACUUGCUGUUGUUUCGAGGCAAUGGAAGCCACUGGGAAGAAGUGAGUCUGUCACCUUUGGCAGCGGAGCGCUCGGUUUUUCAAUGGGCAGAGCGGAUUCGAUUCUUCGGGGUCUUGGUACCCUCUGGUGGAUUGCCCCAGCGGAUUCAGGGCAUCUCCUGCUGCACCCUGUGCCAUGCCCUGCUGCAGAUCUUUGCCGGCAAGGUGCGUAUCCAGACCUUCCAAAGUAGCUUCGACUUGCCAGCGCCACCGGCGCAUUUGGUGGACAGGGCAUUGAACUAUGAGCUAUCUGAGGGUGAAGAUGUGGAUGCCUCCGACAGCUUUUGCCGUCUUCACCUUCUUCACAAGAACAGGUACGAGCUCUGGCUGAAGGGCCAGGAUGCCAUUCGUCGCUGUAGCGCACGGGGCGAUGCACAGGCGACGCUGGUGAUCCGGGGCUGCGCAGAGGAGAUGGGCAAACUGGACAGCGUGGCGGGCAAGGUGGAGCAAGAGUAUUUGGAGGCCUUUGGAGCCUUUUUCAAGCAGCUCCAACAGGAUGUCCGGGAAAACCUGUUCAAGACACUCAUGGGCAAGGCGGAUGAGCUGGUUUCGGCCUGGCAGGAGGAGAUCAAGGAGGUAAACCAGCAGAUUGACAAGAAGGUCCAGCAGAAGAGGACGCAGCUACGGGCCGCGGUCCACCGACGCCACGAGAACGCCAAGGAAGACUUUUGGAGGCAGCAUGAGAAACACUGCGCCCAGCAGUUCGUCUCCUGCCUCGUGGACAACUGCCGAAAUAUGCACAUUGGCCGCGCCAAUUAUGCCUCCACAGCUUUCAAGGAGUUGGAAAUUUCGCAGCAGGCGCGUCGCCCCAUCACCGAGAAGUCGGUGGAGGGCCGCGCGCAAAGCCGAGCGGACCAAGAGCUGUGUCACGUGAUCGUGUUGCCUCGCUCCUAUCGUGGUGGGGAUCUUCAGCGCAGGGGUGACCAGAUGGUGAAGCUCACGGCCAACCAGACUCCAUGA